AUGACCGGCAAAUCUGGAGUCGGGUUGAAAAGGAGCAGAGCGGCCGUUGUCGGCUCGGCGAGUGGCACUAAUGCCCUAGUGCAAUCCGUUGUUUCGGUCGAUCGCACGAUGGGCAAUGGCUGUUUUCGGCGAGAAGCAUUAUUUGCUCGAUUUCUUAGCUAUUUCAUCGAUAACAAUGACCGAUGGACAGUGCAUAGUGACCGUGAAACGCUCGGCGGCCCCAGCCGGUCAGAGUCGCAUGAAAAACAGCAGUUGGUCGAACAAAGCGCACUACGUCGAGUAGCGGCCGUAUCUCGGUGUCGCCUGCUGGACUGUGGUCAGUUUUUGACACGCUUCAAAUCGGUGAUCGGUGCUUGUGGAAAAAACAUGAAUGCACAUCUCAUUUCCUGGCGAAAUUUACGUCGCAUCGAUUUUGUUUGUGCCUGUUCAAUGAGAAAUUAA